CUUUAUUACGGAAAUAUUAAAAUAUAGGUGAAAAAUUUGUUGGGGUUUCCUCAUUUUCCAUUUUCCUGUGAGAAGUGUUGAAAUUUUGUUGCAGAACUCUCUCUCUCUCUCUCUCUCUCUCCCUCCCCCCAUUACACUGUUAAAAAAACUCUUGGGAAGUCCAGGACCAGUGAAAACGCUGCGUUUCGGUACAUGUGCUUCAGCAGUACGUACCCAAUACUCCUUCUGUAGGAUUAAUCCUGGUUUUUGUUUUCAUAAGCAGUUUCUGCUUUCUCUCUCCUUUUUUUUUUCUCUCUCUCUCUCUCCAUUCUCCAAGGGUAAGCGAAGUGUUAUAAACUUGGCUUGUUUAGAUUAGUGGACCCAACAGAUUUCUGGGUUUAUGAGUUGAAGCCAUUCAGGUGCAACCUUCGGCAGUUAUAUCAUUACUUCGAUGGAAAGAAUUCCUAGUCCGGGAAGUUAGUGAACACGUUUGUUAGGAAAUUGGAAAUCUGUAUGCUUGCCUUUCCUACUCAAAUCACGCAUUACUUUGAAAUGGCAAUGAGAAUACGAGAGUAGAGGGAUUCUUCGGAGAUUAUCACAAUGCCCCAAAUCCAAAUCCCAAAUGCUCUGUCUUGAUCGAAAAUAAAUGCAUUAAGCCAAGGUUGUACCUUUCAAUGUCUGAUUUUUGUAGAAUGCUAAACUCCUGAAGACUCCUUUGACUCUUCGUCUUGUUACUUUAUUAUUUAUCUUAGUAUUUCUAUAUAAUCCCGGUCUCAUGCAGGUUUCAAGUAGAUGAACUUUACACAUCUUGAGCCAACAUUGGCAGUAGCAGCUCCUCAAUUAUCGGUUAAUUACUAUUCCAUAUCAAGCAACUUCUCCUGACAACUUUGUAACUUCUAUUGCUUCGGGGAGAAAGAUAUACAGAGUAUUCCAGGCAUAAGAUGGUGGGACUUCCAUGUUUUCCUUUAUCUCAUGCUACUACGACACACAUCAAAAAUAACUAGUUGGAACAUAACAUAAGCAUUGGAAAAAAUGGAUAUUAAGGAAGCAGAGCGUGUAGUUAUAGCUAAACCAGUUGCUUCAAGGCCAACUUGUUCCACCUUUAGGUCCUUCACGGAGCUUCUUGCAGGAGCUAUUGAUGCUUCUCCUUUGAAUGUAUCUUCUGAAACUGCUGUUCCUGCCAUCAGACCAAAGACCGUGAGGUUCAAGCCAAUGGUGAAUCAUACUGUCGCUGGAUUGGUUUCUUCCCAGGCACAUAUCUCUGGUGCAGCACAUAGUCAUUCAUCGGAGCAGGUUUCGAAAUCAGAUAGCAGAUCAACUGUGAUAUAUAAACCAUUGGCAAAAGUUGUUUCAAGGGCAACCUUUUCUGUCUUGGCAAAUAUGGGAAACUUCAAUACCAGCCACCAAUCUACACAAUCAUCAGUUAAUGUGGGUGUUCUACAUCCAAAUCAAGAUAAAUGCUUUAGAUCCCAAAGCGCAAAUCUGCACCAUAAUAAUCCAUCAUGUGCCGAGACAAAUCAGACAACAGAGCCUCCGAAAAUAGCCUCACAAAACAUGGAAGAGGAUCUGAAACUUAUACCAUCCACAGCCAAUACUGAUAGGCCUUCUUAUGAUGGGUAUAAUUGGAGAAAAUAUGGACAGAAGCAAGUCAAAGGAAGUGAGUACCCCCGAAGUUACUAUAAGUGCACUCAUCCAAAUUGUCCUGUGAAAAAGAAGGUUGAACGAUCUCUGGAUGGCCAGAUUGCUGAGAUUGUGUACAAGGGGGAACACAACCACUCAAAGCCUCAGCCUCCAAAGCGGAGCUCAUCAGGGACGCAAGGGUUAGGCGUACCAUCUAAUGGAACUGGUCAAGAUACCAACAACCGGCUAUUGAAUAGUCAUAUUAAUGAAAGAAAUGAAGGUUCCGAAGGUAGAGUAGAAGAUCAAAAUGAAGUUGGACUACCUGUGCAGUCUUACCAAACCAAAGCUCCACUACCUUAUGAUCCCCAUGCGACUGGAGGAAUAACUGCUGGUGGUGCAACUCCUGAUAAUUCUUGUGGUCUUAGUGGCGAAUGUGAGGAAGCAAGUAAGAGGCUUGAAGCAGAGGAUUAUGAACCUAGAAGUAAAAGAAGAAAAAGUGAGAAUCAUUCCCUUGAAGCAGGGAUAUCAGGGGAAGGUGUCCAAGAUCCUCGUGUUGUGGUGCAAAAUUCUGUUGAAUCUGAUAUGACGGGUGAUGGCUUCCGCUGGAGGAAGUACGGGCAGAAAGUUGUUAAGGGAAAUCCAUAUCCCAGAAGUUAUUACAGAUGUACCAGUCUCAAAUGCAGCGUGCGCAAGCAUGUCGAAAGAGUCUCGGAUGAUCCCAAAGCUUUCAUCACCACGUACGAGGGAAAGCACAACCACGACAUGCCACUGAGGAACACGAACGCAGGAGCAUCUGAGAAGGAUACAACAACUAAAGAAAAGCCAUGAGUGAGUGACAACAUCACAUUCAAAGUUUGGCAUCAAACUGUUUCAACCCCAUGUUUGUCCGACAGAAAUGUCAGAUGGGCUCAGAGUAAAAAACAGACACCAAAAGUAACUGCUGCAGUGAUUCUGAUUCCCGCCUUGGAUGCUCUGCUCUGCUAUGCAAUGCCAAUCAUUUCACUUGGGAAUCUCUUUGAUGGCUGCUUGAUGGAUUGGAGACAUAAAAUGGUGUUAAUAUUUUGGCUUAAUUUCCCGCAUCGUUGCUGCUGCCUUGGCUUUUUAGUCAAAAUGAUUUUUGAGAUUGUCCACCGUAAAUAAUUUUGAUCAUUUUGUGAAAAAUCUCUGUUAAAGUGAGGGUAUUUUUGUCAAGUUAACCUUUCCACUUGAAUUGGUGGUUUCGUCAAUUUAAUGGAGAUUUUUCACAAAAUGACAAAUGGUUGACGGUGGACGAUAUCAGGGACCAAUAUGAGAAGUUAUAUCAAUUUCAAAAACUAUUUUGGCAAAAAAACCCUGUUGACUUCAAUUAGCUCAUCAGAGUAUUACAUUUUUACUUUCUUUGUAUUAAAUGCUAUGCCAAUAAUUUCACGUGGGCAACUUCACAUAACAAAACUUUCUUACAAAAUGUUAAUGGCAGUUAUUAGGUUGAUGACUUGAUAAUAUAAGGAUGAUAGAGAGUAAACUUUAAGGAUUAUUCAUUUCCUAGUGGGUGGUACUUGUGUUGUUUUGUUUUGUUUUUUUUUUGAAAGAAGUACGAUAAUUCAUUGCAAGCAAAUUCAGAGUACUUAUGUUAUUUUUGUUAUCAGAAAAAGUUGUACACUACAAUUAUAGUACGUUUAAGAUUUUGGUUAUUACA